CUCUCUCUCUCUCUCUCUCCAAAAUAUAUCUUCUUUAUUAUCCUUUGCUUUUCUACCCUUCUCAUAAAAUGGACAAAAACCAGUCGCGUAGGCAGGUUCGUCUCAUGAGGCAGUCCCUCUUUGAUCAGGGAUUUCUGGACGAACAGUUUAUUCAGUUGGAGGAGUUGCAAGAUGACUCUAAUCCAAAUUUUGUGGAGGAAAUUGCUACGUCGUACUACCGAGAUUCAUAUAGAUCACUCCAAGCCAUAGAGCUGGCACUAGAGAAGACCCCUCGUGAUUUUAGUAAGUUGGACAGCUACAUGCAUCAGUUCAAGGGAAGUAGCUCAAGCAUCGGAGCCAAAAAAGUAAAAGCUGAGUGCCAACAGUUUAGGGAAUAUUGUGAUGCAGGAAAUGGAGAAGGAUGCAUGAGGACUUUCCAAGCAUUGAAGAAAGAGCAUGCAACACUAAAGAAGAGGCUUGAGGCUUAUUUUCAGAUGGCAAGGCAAGCUGGGCCUAUUGAGGCAGCAUGUCGCCCCAAGUGAAGAGAAAAUUAUUAACAGCCAGAGAGAGGCAGAGGCUACAAUUAAUAUGAGUGGUUGGUGGAUUUUGUACUAUGUAUGUGUACCAACCUCCGU